GGCAACGCCGGCCUUCUCUUCUUCUUGCCAACGCUUCCGGUUUCUGUUCUUUUUCCUCGUGGUUUUCGACUGACAAGAUGGCUCCAACCGCCAAGACCAACAAGGGUGAUACCAAGGCCGCCGCUGCCAAGCCGGCCGAGAAGAAGGCUGCUCCCGCCGCCGCCGCCAAGGGCAAGGUGGAGAAGCCCAAGGCUGAGGCUGCCAAGCCCGCCGCCGCCGCUGCCAAGAACGUGAAGAAGGCGCCCGAGGCCGCCAAGGACGUGAAGGCGGCCGCCGCUGCCAAGCCCGCAGCAGCCAAGCCAGCCGCCGCCAAGCCCGCUGCCAAGGAUGCCGGCAAGAAGGCCCCCGCUGCCGCCGCCGCUGCUCCCAAGAAGGACGCCAAGGCUGCCGCUGCUGCUCCCGCCGCCGGCAAGGCUGCCCCAGCCAAGAAGGCCGCCUCCACCCCGGCUGCCGCUCCUCCGGCCAAGAAGGCUGCUCCCGCCAAGGCCGCCGCCGCUGCUCCGGCUGCUGCUGCCGCUCCGGCCGCAGCUGCUGCUGCUCCCGCCGUGGCCAAGCCCGCGCCCAAGCCUAAGGCCAAGACCGCCGCCCCUGCUCCCAGCAAGGUGGUCAAGAAGAACGUGCUCCGCGGCAAGGGACAGAAGAAGAAGAAGGUGUCGCUGCGCUUCACCAUCGACUGCACCAACAUUGCUGAGGACAGCAUCAUGGAUGUGGCCGAUUUCGAGAAGUACGUGAAGGCCCGCCUCAAGGUCAACGGCAAGGUGAACAACCUGGGCAACAACGUCACCUUCGAGCGCUCCAAGCUGAAGCUGCACGUCAGCUCCGACGUGCACUUCUCCAAGGCCUACCUCAAGUACUUGACCAAGAAGUACCUGAAGAAGAACAGCCUGCGCGACUGGAUCCGCGUGGUGGCCAACGAGAAGGACUCGUACGAGCUGCGCUACUUCAGGAUCAGCUCCAACGACGACGAGGACGACGACGCCGAGUAAGCUGCGCCCAGCCGGAGCACUAGGUUUACAUUCGUUUCUACUGUUCAUCUCACGUCCUGCGAGCGGGCGUGUUUUUAUAAGCUAACAAGGUGUGAACCCACGGAAAAAAUCCCUCCGGGCUCGCCGCAAUAAACGCUUGUGUGGGAACCUGGACUGUU